CUAUCAGGUAUUAGGUUUGAUGACAAGUUGGAGCUGCAGCAUCAACGGUUUUGGAAUUUCAUACAGCAACGGAGGACGAAGGAGCAACUGGGCACAACCAUCUCUGAUAAUACAGAAAGCUAGGGCAAGUCCUGCAAUCCAGGCAACAGCAGCAGACCUGGCUCCUGUUUCUCCGCUGUCAUGCUCUCCAUUUCAACCUCAGCUCAUCUCUACCUGAGUCUCCUCCUCUCCCUGUCCCCUGCUCUCUCCUGUCGGAUCGGGAAUGGCAGAAAGUGUGCCACAUCUUCAUUUGUACCAGGCCACAACCUGGCAGGAGAGGGCUUUGAUGUGGUCACCCUGCAGCGUAAAGGAGCUUACUUGAUCGAUGUGAAGACUUACCUCACUCCAAGAAGCACCUGUACUCUCUGCACCAACUAUCUACAGGGCAAAAAGCUGCAGAAACUGCCACUCUCUGUGGUGGACUGGCGAGCCACCAGCCAAUGCAGCACUGAGCUCUCCUCCACUGAACACACCACUGUUAGCUCGCUGGUUAGCAGUUACAUCUCUCAGGACAUCACCGAAUUGAAGCUUGGCAUAGAUUUCCAGAAGUUUUUUGGCCUUGGGGUGGUAGGAACGCGCUCCAACGUGUAUACCUUUGCUUCAGAGCGGUCCAAAGAAGACCGAUACUCCUUCAGCACCCAAAGGAUUGCCUGCAGCCACUAUGGGUACCGUGUGUCGAACAAACCACGCCUCAGCUCCCACUUCAGAAAGGAUUUGGCAGCACUGCCAAGUUUUUACAACUCCUCCACAAAGGCUCAGUAUAGUGACAUCAUUCAUACCUAUGGCACACACUACUCCCACAAGGUUUCCCUUGGAGGGCAAAUCAGGCGAGUCACAGCUUCUCGCAUCUGUUUGUCAUCACUGAAUGGGCUCUCCCCAAACAAGGUCAGCUCCUGCUUAUCAUUUGGAUUCAACCUAGGCCUUGGGAAGUUAAAUUUAUCUGCCGGUUAUGGUUCUUGCUCAAAUGUCUUACAAAACACAGACACCUCAGCCUCAUUCAGUGCCGGUCUCCACCAGCACAUGACCACUGUGGUAGGAGGGACCGGUUGGCUGGGGGAGUUUUCACUUUCUCACAAUGACUCCCUGGGCUACACAAAGUGGCUGAGAACCCUGAAGGACCAUCCGGAUGUUGUUUCGUACUCCCUCAGGCCGAUGUAUGCCCUGGUGAAAGAUGAGACACUGAAAGCAGGGUUAAAGGAGGCCAUAGAGCAGUACUUAGAAGACAACGCAAUGAAGAAGUCGUCUGAAGAAUCAGAAUGUAGGGAUCACUCUCUCAGCAUUGACUGUUGUCCAAAGCAGUUAUCAAUGGGAACACUGGCGGUGCUCGUCAUCAGAGCCUGGGAUCUGAAAGCAGAUUUUUGGGGACUGGGCAGGACUGACAGCUAUGUCAAGGUGUGGUAUGGUUCCCACUAUCGCCAGACUCAUAUGGUCAGAAAUAACAAUCCCUGGUGGAAUGCUUAUUAUAAUUUCGGAAAGGUGGACACAAAUGGGGUGUUAUAUAUGGAGCUCUGGGACGAGGACUGGCCACACCAUAAACACCUUGGAAGUUGUUCUUGGCACUUGAACCAGGGGACACACAGAUUAGGCUGUCAUCUGAAUCAGGGUGGCUUUGAGAUCCAGUACACUCUGAACUGUGACUCUUACCUGACCGGAGGCAGGUGUGAACGUUACAAACCAUCUCCACAGUGAGAAAUGUAUCUGUUGGACAAGUAUUUACAAAUCCUAUUUCCUUUUUUUAAAUCCAAAUUGAAUCUCAUGGUGUCACUUUUUUCAAGCCAAAAAUGAGCCGUAGCAACAACCAGUCAAUGUGACGCUUUUUCUGCCAUUAAAAAAAUUACCAACA